AUGACUGCAGCAAUCCCGGCCACCACUGAUCUGCCAGCACAUCUUCCUCCCCAGGCUCCCCUUCCUCUGUCUCGCUCUCAGUCUCAAUCUCAACCAUCGAUUGCGCACCGCUCCCUCUCCACCCGAACCCGGCCUCCUGUCUCCGCCUCUGGCUCUGGUCCUCCUUUACAGCGUGGCUCCUCCACCUCCAAUCAAACCCACAACCAUCACCAGCGCCGUCACCAGUACAGCGGGAGCCAGCAACUUCAACACCGCUCUCACUCUCGACAACCCUCCUCCACCCCCGCCACCGUCCCUGCUGCUGUCGCUUCCGCUGGCUCAGCCGCUUCCCAUUUCGCUCAAGACAUUCUCCCGCAACAUGAGUAUGAAACACCAGACGUAGUCUUCCACUCCAAGCGAAACGCCCCAAGCCAACACCCGCCGUCAUCAACCCGCGCCGACGCUUCGCGUCUCCAGCGUCACAGCAGUACCAGAUCAAACCAUCGAUAUAACCACGCUCCCGACAUGCCCGCGAGCACCGCAGUCGCCAACAACGCCGGGCCUGCUCCCGUCAGCAAACAUGGCGGGCCCGACCCCCGGAGCCCAGGCGCGCCCACCUCGAAGCACACGAGCAGAUCGCGCACUACGAUACCAACCCCAUCAGGAAAAUGGAUCUUGGGCAAAACAAUCGGUGCUGGUAGCAUGGGCAAAGUGAAGCUGGCCCGCAAGGAGGAUACAGGCGAGCAGGUGGCCUGCAAAAUUAUUCCCCGCGGCUCGACGGAAGAUACACAACAUCAGACUCGAGCAGAUAAGGAGAGGGCGGACCAGUCCAAGGAAAUCAGGACCGCCCGAGAGGCCGCCAUCGUCACCCUCCUGAGCCAUCCCAACAUCUGUGGUAUGCGAGACGUUGUACGCACCAACUACCAUUGGUACAUGCUCUGCGAGUACGUCAACGGCGGCCAGAUGCUCGACUACAUCAUUUCCCACGGCAAAUUAAAGGAGAAGCAAGCUCGCAAGUUCAGCCGUCAAAUCGCCAGCGCUCUCGACUACUGUCACCGGAACAGUAUUGUCCACAGAGACCUAAAGAUCGAAAACAUUCUGAUCAGUAAAAAUGGAGAUAUCAAAAUCAUCGACUUUGGGCUGAGCAACCUGUUUGCUCCGCGCGGCCAUCUCAAAACCUUCUGCGGCAGCCUUUACUUUGCCGCCCCGGAGCUACUUCAGGCGAGAGCCUAUACUGGGCCCGAGGUCGAUGUGUGGAGUUUCGGCAUCGUUCUUUACGUUUUGGUGUGUGGAAAGGUGCCGUUUGACGAUCAGAGUAUGCCCGCUUUACACGCCAAAAUCAAAAAGGGGUUGGUGGACUACCCAAGUUGGCUCUCAAGCGAAUGCAAGCACCUGCUAUCUCGAAUGCUCGUAACGGAUCCCAAGCAACGUGCAACCAUGCAGGAAGUCAUGGUCCACCCGUGGAUGACGAAAGGUUACAACAGCCCACUGGAUAACGGAUUGCCUCCGCGAGAACCUCUCUCGCUCCCAUUGGACUCCGAUGUCGUCAACGCCAUGACUGGGUUCAACUUUGGCUCACCAGACGCCAUCAAGGCCCAGCUGGAACGAACAAUCGAGUCAGAGGAUUACCAACGCGCAGUCAAACUCUACCAGCGCGAAAAAGAGCUUCCUCAGCCUGCCAAAGAUGUGGAGAAGAAGCGCGGCUUUGGCUUCGACUUCUACAAGCGGAGGAACUCAGGCACCAGCCGUGACACGUUGACGGCUCCUAGUUCUGAGGCCCUCCAGCUCGGCAAUGAUCCUCUCAACGCGUUCAGUCCCUUGGUUUCGAUAUACUACCUGGUGCGAGAGAAACAAGAUCGCGAUCGUGUGGAGAAGAACCCUGGCGCUGCCAGUGCACACAAGGAGAAGGAGAAGCCUGCGAUCCCUGAAAUUACGCCGCCGCAAGAGGCUCACACCAAUUCCUCUACCUACGAAAUGCCCGGCGAAAGGAUCACGGGCGGCCGUUCUCGUCCUCGCGCAAGGACUCAUGGUGAAGAUGAAGCCCCCGACGCGGUAAAAAAUUCCCAACUUUCGCCAACCACACCUCUCUCUCCAGAGGUACCGCCCGAGCCACUCCCAAAGAAGGAGAGUACCGCUGCAGGCAUCCUCCGUCGCUUCAGUACACGGAGACGCAGGGAUCCGGAAAGAUCGGAUAGAGACCGAUCCCAUCCGCCUGUAGUCCAGGUUCACUCACCUUCCGAGGCCCCUCCUGCACCAAUGCCCCGGAAAAGCUUUAGCAUACGUCGCGGCAGACGGGAACGAGAAGAGCCUGACCCUCUCCCGCUUCGAUCUGGAAGCAGUCAGCCACAGCACGGUGAUCUUCUCAGCCCACCCUUGUCUGCCGGGGGUCAAUCGUCGCGGCGCAAAGGUUUGGGUCGGUCCACAAGCGUGAAUUCUGCAGACUUGCGUCGCCGUGGAUCAACGAGGACACCGAAGGAGCCACCCCCGACGAGUGGCUCGGACCAGUCGACGGCCACCGAUCGACCACCACCCGCAUCUAGAGACAGCCAGCAAACACGGGCUGCGUCCAUGAGAGCGAAAUCACUCGGUCAUGCCAGGCGCGAGAGUAUCCAGCAGCGCAGACUUCGUCGGGAGGAAGCUAGAGAGGCUAAUGUGCCGGAGGAAACGGAUCAAGAACAAGGCGACCACAGUGGCGUAUCCACCGACAGGCUGGACAGCUCAGACUUGGCCAAGCCGGUUUUCCUCAAAGGCUUGUUCAGCGUUUCGACCACUUCUACCAAGAACGUCACAGAGAUUCGGGCGGAUAUCAAGCGGGUGCUCAAGGGCCUCGGAGUCGACUACACCGAGAUCAAAGGUGGCUUCUUGUGCAAGCACACACCCAGCAUUGACCUCAAGAAAGUACCAGAGGUUCCUGGCAGCCCCGGGCAAGCGCCACCUGGUCACAGGAGACGUUUCAGCUUUGGUGCCAUCAGAGGCGGCGACAGGGAACGAGAAGACUUGCCGGCGACUGAUCGAGGGCCAAGUACACCGCGUGGCUCUGGGCGAACUGAGGCAGACCACAGUUACUCCAACUCGGACGUCUCGAUUGACAGUGUCUCGCGGGAAGCGGGAGGGUCGUCCAGAAGAGUCCCUGGCGAGACGAGCACUCACGUUCAGAGUGAUCUUGGCGGAAGUAUGGUCCUUGAAUUCGAAAUAUUCAUUGUCAAGGUCCCAUUGUUGUCUCUCCACGGAAUACAAUUCAAGCGACUGGUGGGAAACACGUGGCAGUACAAGAAUAUGGCCGAUCAGGUUUUGAGGGAGCUUCGUCUUUAG